AUGUUCCAAGAAGACCUAUCAACAAAAGUUCUUGAAGACGACGGUCCGUUGGUUCUGGCCCUCUUAGUCUAUCUUCAAAAACUUUACUUUAUCUACAGAGUCCCGCCACCGGGGUUUAUCAAGUUCAAUGAACUUGAAAAAAGCCUUGGACGUGAAAAAUGGAUCAAGGACAACUUCCCGGAAGAAAACCACAUAGGGGUUUUCAUCAAGGCGUUUGAAGAGGCCUUUGCGACGCUAAACCCAGUUUUGCUAAGAUUUGAACCUGGACACUUCCAAGAGUUCUCUACCAACAGCAGAUUCCCAUUCUACAAUGAGGAGAUCAUCAGACCAGCAAAGAAAGGUUUUGGUAGUCUUACAAAGUUUGAAAUUGUCGCCGAGUACCAGGAUAGUAUAAGCAGACAGUUUCACUCUGGAGAAGACCUUGAUAGCGACAAGAAAUUAGUCUUUGCGAGAAAGUCUAUACCGUCAGAAGAUAGUGCUCUGGCCAACGAAAUUGAGAUUCUCUACAGAGCCGCUAAAUUGAAGAGCGACAAUCUUAUUACCCUUUUGGCGUGUUAUAAGUGGAACAAGGAGAUCCAUCUUGUGUUCCACUACAUUGAACGAACACUGCAACACAUACUUCAUGGAGAGCGACCUGCGCUAUCUCUACAAGUAAGCGACAUGAACCCGCUACCUGACAACUGGCUCUGGAAGGAGAUGUUUGGAGUGAGCAAAGCAUUGGCCAGUUUACAUGAUGGAAUCGACAUUACCAUUGAUAGAAAGAGAAAAAAGGCCAGAAUUGCCCAUUGCGACUUGAAGCCCGACAACAUUCUUGUCGACAAAACAAAGUUGAAGAUUAUAGACUUUGGGCAUUGCUUUAUUAGCUUCGCCAGAGAUGGUGGUGACCGAAUACCCCGGAUAACACAAGGACACCCUGUUUAUGCACCUCCAGAAACACAUCCAGACUGGAAUGAACAGGAAGGACGGCAUGAUCAUAUAAUUGGGGUCCUAAACUACGAUGUCUGGUCUCUGGCUUGUAUCAUGGUCGAGGUUCUGAUCUAUGUCUGCGAUAUCCAAUACUCAAUGACGGAGUUUGAAGAAGCAAUACGAAAGUCUCAUUUCACGAAGCGCUUUUUCAACGACAGCUGGUCAAUUAAAGAUUGUGUCAAGGAAACACUGGAUAAGAUACAAGAUCGCUUCACAGGAAACGACGCACAUCGCACCUACAUAACAAAUGUCGGAAUUUUGCUGAACCAGAUGUUCAAUGGCAAUCCCCGCGAACGACUGUCGUCAUCAGAAGUUGUUAAGAGUUUGGAGAGGAUUGAUUCUGAGUUUCUAAAGACUCACGACAUUGACGAAGUAGGAAGACGAAUUAACAAAUUUGAACCAAAACCAGAAGGGGAUUUUAUCGAGCUCGCCUGGAAAGUCGAUCGCCGCUCAGCAAUUGGUUUUACCACAAUGGACAAAGUCAAAGUAAGAGCUUUUUAUCUAUCAACGCCGCCAGAUGAAAGCAAACCUUGCCGUAUAAGGGUUUUUCGGAAGAACGAUGAGAAGCGCCCUCUACUUAUUGCCUAUGCCCAGAGUCAUAACAGCAAAGUAAAACUUAUAGAUUUUCGGCCUCCAGACUGGUGUUUUCAGCCAACAUACCUAUCCCAGAAUGACACGAUUGAUUGUCUCAUCUUCAAAGCGCCGAGUUCUGAAAAUAGUCACAACUCCAUGCCAAUUGCAUAUGAGUUUACCUUCGGGUCUCUUGCAGAUGUUUGUUCGUUUCAGGGGGUGCUCAUUAACAAGAAGAUUAUGCACAUGGAUAAAUUCUCUCAAAGAAUGGAGGCUUCCUUCGUUUUUGCUAGGAGGCAUGGGGAAGAUCUCAAUGUGCAGAACUCGAUUGUUCAAUUUUGGGCCGAAGGUUAUGAUGUUGUUGUCCAGUCGGCCGUCGCCAGCAAUUUUGAGAAGGCCCAGAAACUUCAGAAGCCAUGGCUGACGAUUGAUACGAUGGCUAUUUUCACAAAAGAACAGCUUAUUGAGGUUCCCAUGUACGAUGGCCGAAAGAGAUUCCGCACGAUAGGUCUAAACCAAAUCGAAGCCAAGGUGAAUAAAGGACACAAACACUUUUUCAGCUACUGGUAUCGUGUUAUCAGCCCCUUCGACCCAGAUGGCGAAAAGUACAAAAUCUCGUCGAUACAGCCCGGACAGUCUCAAAUUUUAUUUGACAGGAGGGAAACGGGAAGGAACAAGAGUAAUGAAAAUCGCGGUUGUUUGAAGAUGACAUCCAUGGAGAUCACAACGAGAGAAGAAUACGAAGAGCAACUAAUGCUUGCUGUAGCGAAGGAGUGGGAAACUGGCAGUGGGGGAUACUACUUUAAUGAAAAGACAGGGAAGGUAGUACCGAUGAGAUCAUCCACAGUCUGA